AUGCAACUGGAGGCAUUACCCAGCAGGCGUAUCUCCAGCGAUGAAGAACCUGCAGUUGAGACAUGGAAGGACCUAGGGGCAGGCUGGGGCGUGAGUGUUGCUAAGAAGCGGAAGUACAUCGAUGGAUACAUUAACUACGGAUUUACAUCAAUCCUCGCUGAUGGCAUUGAGAAACCUCAGUGUGUGUUGUGCUUCAAAGUGCUGGGGAACGAUUCUAUGAGGCCUAGUAAGGUGAAGCAUCAUCUGAUGACGAUCCAUCCACAGUAUGCGCAGAGAGACACCGAUUUCUUCAGGCGCCAUGAACGGAGUUUGGAAAAACAGAAACUGGACGAGAGUGGUGCUUUCCAACAACAGACCGUAAGUGUAGUUGAGGCAUCAUACGAGGUUUCCCUAGAAAUAGCAAAGCAAAAGAAGCCCCAUACAAUUGGUGAAACUUUAAUUAAGCCAUGUGCUUUAAAAAUGGUCAAACGGGUUCUUGGAGAGGAAAGUGAACGUGAAAUUCAACAAAUUUCCUUGUCAAACGAUACAGUGAAACGGAGAAGUAAUGAAAUGUCAGAUGACAUUAAGGAAAAGGUGAUACAGGAGAUCAAAUUAUCUCCAACUGGUAUGUUUGCAAUACAGCUGGAUGAGUCAACGGACGCGAGUUCUUGUGCACAGCUACUCGUGUUUGUUAGGUAUGUUUUCUUGUGUGACAUCAAGGAGGAAUAUCUGUUCCGUACACAACUUGAGACCACCACAACAGCUGUAGAUGUGUUGGAAAAGCUGUCUUCUUUCUUCACAGCUAACAGGAUCAGCUGGGAAAAUUGUUGUGGAGUCUGUACGGAUGGGGCUCCGGCGAUGCUGGGAUCAAAAUCGGGGUUCCAGAAGCGUGUCAAGGAAGUAGCUCCGAAUGCCAAGGGGAUCCAUUGUAUGAUCCAUCGUUUUGCACAGGCGUCGAAAACCCUCCCUGAUGAACUUGGAGGCAGUGGUCAAAUGUGUCAACUCUGUGAAAGUUGGAGAUCUGAACUCUCGCUUUUUCCAGAACCUUUGUAG